AUGGCACCCGUAACACUAAAGACGGUUGAUGAUGACCUCAAAGAUGUCAUCCAACAUCUCUUCGAGAUCCAAUCCGCAGUCCACGGUUACCUAGGCCCAGAGACACAGCAAGAGCUAGUGCGAAAGAUCAAAAAUCUCACACAAGCUCUCUCAACCCUCUCAACACACACGCAACCCCCUUCUAACAGCGAAGCCCAACAGGAGCAAAGCCAAAACACAGACCCAUCAAACCCGCCCUUAUCAAGCAUCCAACUCCCACCGGAGAUAAUCGACUAUGUCGAUUCAGCCCGCAACCCAGACAUCUACACACGUGAAUUUGUCGAGCUUGUUCAGCGUGGCAAUCAGGAUUUGCGUGGGAAGCGGGAGGCUUUUGGGAGUUUUCGGGAUGUGCUUGCUCGUGAGAUGAGGAGUGCCAUGCCUGAGUGUCGGGGGGAGGUUGAUCGUGUUGUUGUUGCGUCUGGGGGAAAGGUUCCUGGUCCUGAUGGUGGGAACUGA